UCAGUCUCUAAAAUCACCAAUCUGAUAUUAUAAUCCUGCACAUGUAAAUGCCCUCGGCCACUCUUACGUUUGAAUCACAGACUAGCAUUUGUGUUGUGUGCAUACCGUAUUUCCUCCAUCCCAUUAUCUUAGAAGUCCAACGAGAAGUAAAUUGAUCAAUUGACCAAAAAAUAAUCUGCCACAACUGAUAAAUGUUAAAUCAUUACAGUGUUUUAUCAAUCUAACAAUCCAACAAUUCUCUGGUUGCAGCUUCUUUGAGGAUGUUCUGCCUUUCUCUGUUGUAGAUCUGAAAGUUAAUAUCAUCGUUUAACAUUUAAAGUUGAACAUGAAAUUUCAAGCUUACCGUGGAAAUAAUAGUUUGUCAUAAGGUCUAUUUUACAGCUUUUUCUGGAGCUUUCAACCACCUCUCAAAGUCUUCCUUAGUGGAUGGAAGUUAUUCAGACUGGGGACCUUACAAAUUAGAAAGAUUUGGCUCGACGUGAAGUUUUAAAUUGACUGACAAACUUCCUACAGAGACUCAAUAAUAGUGUUACUAUUGGUUUACUAAACCAAAAGUAUACAUCAGCAAUAUACGGAAAAGUGAUAUUUUAUGGGGGUUAAGGGAUGUCUGUCUCAGUUUAAAUCAAAGUGUAUGUGUUUGUGUUGUUUUGACCCACUUAAUCCACUAGGACGGGGCCUCCCACAAAUGAAUAUGGGGCCAGGAAAUUGUGGUUGCCUAGCAAGUUUUACAUCCACGGUGCAACGUUAGAAGACGUGCUGCUCGGCUGCUGCUUGUGCUGAAAACUUCAAACUAAAAGCAACUAUUUUAAAAAGACAAUUUCCCCUUCGAGGUCCAGGUUGCAACACUGACGGUGCAAGAUGUCCGUCGCAGGAUUUAAGAAGCAAUUCUACAAAGCCAGUCAGCUGGUGAGUGAGAAGGUUGGCGGUGCAGAGGGAACCAAACUGGAUGAAGACUUCAAGGACCUCGAGAGGAGAGCAGAUAUUACCAGCAAAGCAGUGGUGGAAGUCCUCAAUAAGACAUCGGAGUACCUCCAGCCCAACCCGGCAACAAGAGCUAAGCUUUCCAUGCUCAACACAGUGUCCAAAAUGCGCGGGCAGGUCAAGAGUCCUGGCUACCCCCAGCCCGAGGGCCUCCUGGGGGAGUGCAUGACCAAGUAUGGACGGGAUAUGGGCGAGGAAACCAACUUUGGUGGGGCUCUAACCGACAUUGGAGAGUCAAUGAAAAGGAUGGCUGAGGUCAAGGACUCUCUGGAUAUUGAUGUGAAGCAGAACUUUAUUGAUCCACUGCAGGCAGUCGCUGAGAAGGAUAUCAAAGACAUUCAGCACCACCUGAAGAAGCUGGAGGGCCGUCGUCUCGACUAUGAUUAUAAAAAGAAACGUCAAGGUAAAAUCCCAGAUGAAGAGAUCAAACAAGCCCUGGAGAAGUUCCACGAGUCCAAAGAGAUGGCUGAAGGCUCCAUGUACAACCUGCUGGAAACGGAUGUGGAGCAGGUGAGUCAGCUGUCUUCUCUGGUUGAGUCUCUGCUGCAGUACCACAGACAGGCUGCGGAGGUGAUGGAGGAGCUUUCUGCUAAACUGACAGAAAGGGUGACUGACGCGCAGUCUCGUCCAAGACGUGAAUUCACACCCAGACCCAAACCAGUGUAUGACUAUGGAGAGGUAGAAAACUCUAAUGGAGGAUACGCACCAGCUGCAACAACUCCUCCAACUUACUCUUCCGCAGCGACUGCACAAUAUCCAGCUCCAUCCUUCCAAAGAACCUCCAUCAAGAGCCGACUGUCUGAGCCGUGCUGUAAAGCUCUGUACGACUUUGAGCCGGAGAACGAAGGAGAGCUGGCCUUCCACGAGGGUGACAUCAUCACCUUGGUCAAUCGAAUCGAUGAGAACUGGUUUGAGGGAGCCAUUCGUGGCAUAACGGGAUACUUCCCCAACAACUAUGUCGAAGUGGUGGUACCUCUGCAACACUGAAAACAGCAAGGCAAGAGGGAAACCUGCAAGAUGGAGAGGAUGAAAAUGGGGGAUGCUAGUGGGCUAUCGGCUCUCAAUAACCAAAAGAUAUCUAAUCUUUAUUGUAAUUAAAGGGUAAACCAAGACAGGGACCUAAUUUGUACCUAAGAGUUAAUUGAGUAAAGAGCUUUUUUUAUUCUGUCAGAUUAUGUCAAGAUUACAUUUUGAAAAACCAUAAGGACAGAGGGAUGUUCAGCCAAAAAACGGCACCGUAAUGUGAGCAUUUACCAUAUCCCGAGUAUUUACAUUCAUUCUCUAUGCACCUGUGCACUUUCUACACUACACCUCCAUCACCGGGACUGAUGAAGCAGGAACAAGAGAGAAUGACAUCUGUAAUGGCAUGUUCAGCUGUAUCCACUAACACUAAGAAGUGUACUUCUUAGUGCAAGUACUUUUUUUUUUUUUUUUUUUUUUUUUUUUUUUAAACUAUAUUCCUAACCCUAUUUGAUAUUCACAAGAUGCCAUUCCUUGUUCUGUGUAUUGUUGAUAUUGGUACUACACACAUGAAUUUAGUCUUCGACGAUCACAGUUUUCACUUCUGUGCCUUCAGGCUUUAGUACUGUUGUCUUCAUGGACUAGUUUGAGUCAACAUGGAGGACCGGCUGCCCUCUGUCCAUGUUUGAGACUAUCCUCCACUGCCAUCUGGUGGUUGUAAAGAUCGCUCUUAGCUAUUGGUUUGAGUGCCACUGUCAUGCGGCCUCUGUCUCUUACCAAACCCACCUUUGGUGUCUUGUGUUGUACUUUUCUUCCAAAUAGCUGGAGCCAGUCAACAAAUAACAUUGACUGACUGCUGUAGUAAAUGUGUUUUCAAUACUACACCAAAGCCGAUCAGAUAAACUCUGUGGCAGUUUUACAAACAUUGGCAGUUUGUUUGAGACUAAAAAGUUGUAUUAUAGUCUAUUCCCACGAGCUGGAGGCUUUCCAUAAAUAUGCUUAGUUAUGUCAACUUUUAUCAAUUGUUGCUACUUUAAUGAUUUACUUACUUUAAAUUUACCGACAGCAAUGUUUCUCACUACACUCCACUCUCUUUACUUUAAGCUUAUUUCCGCCUUGGACGAGCCUUGGACGCCUUGCUGUUUGUCGUUAAACGGAAAAAUAUUCAAUCCAGCAUCAUGCCUGUAAUUCUGCAAAAUUAAGUAACAUUAUUAUAUGCAAACCCGUUUAACUUUUUUGUAUACUUCGCAUUUUAAAGGGGAAGCUGACUUUGGUUUCCAUUUGAGUGUAACAAAACAAAAAUUUUUCAACCGCAAAUAUUCUGCAGCAUUACACAAAAGCCAUACGCGUCCUUCAGUUCCUCUAUUUUCUCAGGCUGUAUUGAUGCUGCUGGCAGUGUCGCGCAUAAUGUUUUUGUGGGCUUUUUACCCAACCACUUGACAAUGAAUCUGUUUGUUUUCCCCACAUAGUGCUGGGGCAAGCUUGGCAUUGUUACUCUAACCUAUAAUUUGGAGCAUGUAAAUUAAUCUGAUGUGUUUUGUACCUGCCUCAGUUUUCAGGCUGAAACUGUGCACCAAACCUGACAGAAAAUACUGCAUAACUAUCACCAAACAAUUGUGUACCGAAUUCACUAAUAAUGAGGAAGGCCUCGGCACAAUAGCCAGUUUCAGUUUCAAUUAAGUCUUUUACAAGCCGACUAUGAGCUGUGAGAGUUUGUGCUCUUCACUAAAACACCAACUUUCUCUUCCUGUCAUGAUCCCCUUGUUAGACCCCGCCCCCACCCCACUCAUCUCUCCCAUCUCCGUUUAAACUGGGAGUGGAACAGACAGGUCUUUUCAGAAGGGAGGCUCACAGCAGUGGAUUAUGCCCUCCCUCCCCCAAUGCUCUUUAUUCACCACCUGCCCCCUGUACUCCUACCCCACUUUCUCAUUAUCUGCCCCAUCCCAAAUACCAUGGUGCCUCUGGAGUCUCCUGGUCCUCUCCUGGAAUAAUGUCAUUUUUUUUUUGUCAUAGUUUUGUUUGCAUGUCUCCAAUGUUAAUCAUGUUAUGUAUAGGGGGCCGUCGUCAAUGGCUGUGCUGAGUAAUAGCUGUGUGGUUCAGGUGUGGGUUUACAUGCCUCAUUACACUAAAUAAAAAGCCCUGAGUUUGAGAGGGGAGGAGAGGGUCAGGGGUUCAGGUUGAGCUAUUAUGCAGCUUGUAUAAUAUUGAUGAUGAAUAAUGUCGUCCAAAGGGCUAAGAUCAAUUUUUGUGUGCAGCUGUCGUCACAUCUGAAAUAGUUCUUAAUGCCGCGGCUGACA